GACCUCAUCCAAUAGUACUCCUCCUAGUACUACUAGUAGUACUACUACUAGUAUCCACACACUACUACAACAACUUGGACAAGAAUAGUGCUAGUACUCCUGCUAUCGACCAAACAUCACAUCGCUUUCGCGAUUUUGAAACAAAAUCUUGAAUCCAUCCUGAUCUUUUUAUUCUGAAAUAAAGUGAUCCUGUCUGCAUUUUUGUUCCUGCACUUUUUCCACUCAAACUUGCUCCGAAGAGAACCACAGGACGUCGGCCUUUUCCGCUAUUCGACUCCUAGCUCGUGAUAACUUGUUGCCAAUGAUUGAUAAAAAAGAUCAUUAGCCUCACAGAAAUCGCCCCAAAAUCACAACCGCAUCAUCUUUCCAUAGAAGAUCUUCCUCUAUCUAAUUAAAUCAAGAAUUCCAAUCUAACACGACAGUAUCUACAGCAAACUGCAUCUCUUUUGGAAGUCCGUUCGAUGUAUUCAUCUUCCUUCACGCAAGAUCUACAUCGAACCAAACAAUAGCCAUCCUUUACAAUUUCCUUCCUUUGUAUUCCUACUGACGAAGGCGAAGAACAUUACAGGAAAUGACUACAACAGUGCCGCGAAAAUCGAUGCUCCCAAGACAACCAUUGCUUUGGUAGUGAAUCUGCUGCUGCUACCACUGGGUGGCAGAGUCGGUUCUCCUUUCAUGCCAAGCUGUGUGUUAGAGAAUUCCGACGGUGGGCAGGGCUUUUCGUCGUACGUCGAAUUGUAUUUCAGCGUCCAUUCCUGUCCCUUCACGUUGCAGUAUCCGUCGAAGACGUUGAGAAUGCACCCGCCACCGUUGGUGACGUUCAGACUGCAGCAAGAUCCUUCCCAGCGAUGCAGGAUGAUCAUUUCGUCGCAAGAAAUCGGCGUGUUUGCGGUGAGCGGCAAACUGCUAGUCUUCUCGCCCAUGCCCUGCACAAACACACCAGCGUUGUUGCUGCUCCAUGCGAUCGACAGGACGGCCAUCCAUAGACAUGCGACGAUCGUCUUCUUGCCGGAAUUCAUAGCAGUGGAAUGUUUCAUCAUGGUGGGUGCUUUUUGUGGCUUCUUUGCUGGUAUGGUUUGCUGUGACUUUAUUGUGGUUUUGUGUUCGUUUCGGAGGUCUUCGGUCGUUCAAAAUGAGAUGUCACCAGCGAGUGAAUCAGAAACGGAGCCAUCUACUGUAUUGGGGACGGAAAGUUACCUCCCGUACAAGGCGAGUCAUCUGUUUGGUCUUCGCUUCAAGAUGGCGGACAUAUGGGUCACUUGGUGUCACUGGGGACACACUUCUACGACUAAUUCUACGUACAUUUUGGAUUAGACAGAACACAAAUCUAGCAGAAGUACUGUACUGUACUGUACUGUACUACUUUAAAUCUUACUUGGACGAAGUAGGUAGGGUACGUACCCUACUUACUCUAAGAUUAGUACUACUAGUAUUUACUUGCCUCGCUAAACAAAAUUGAAGUUCUGAU